AAAAGAAAAAUAAGUAAAUUAAGAGUCGAAUUCGUAUUUUUCUUCUCUUCAUCGUAAUGGCUGCACAAUCGCCUCCUCUCGCCGGGAGAGUCGCCAUUGUCACCGGCUCUUCUCGUGGUAUCGGUAGAGCGAUAGCGAUCCACCUCGCUGAACUCGGUGCUAGAGUCGUUGUCAAUUACACAACUAAAUCGUCUGACGCCGACCUUGUCGCAGCGGAGAUCAACGGUCUUCCAGGCGUUACCGGAAACGGACCAAGAGCGAUCGUGGUUCAGGCUAACGUUUCAGAGCCAAGGUCACGGGCCACUAUGAGAAAAGGAUGGGGAGUUGGUAGACUGCAAGAAAAGAGAAAAGGAGAAAGCAAAUUGAGUUGGAAGAGGGCCUUCGAGUCGCCGGUUCAUAUUCUGGUUAACUCGGCGGGAGUACUCGAUCCCAAGUACCCUUCGAUCGCAAACACAUCAGUCGAAGAUUUCGAUCGCACGUUCAGGUACGCUGCAGAUUGUUCAUUGAUUAGAAUCUUUGUCUUCACGAUAAAUAGUCGAAAUGUAAGCAAACUAGUUAGAAUCUUUGUCUUCACGCUCCGGGACCCAUAGCCACUGAGAUGUUCUUUGAAGGAAAGAGCUCGGAGGUUGUGGAGAAGAUAGCCGCAGAGAAUCCUUUUGGGAGAGUCGGCGAAGUCAGAGACGUGGUGCCUCUCGUUGGGUUCUUGGCUGGCGAUGGUGGUGAAUGGAUCAAUGGUCAGAUCAUUCCUGUUAAUGGUGGAUACGUGUAAAAGGAUUGGUCUUUAGUAGCCUUCUUGCUGUUCUUUUGAGGCUCACUGAUGAUAUGUUUGCAAAUGUGUUGUUAGGUUGUUGGUUAUCCAGAUGAUUUUUUUUUUUGUUUGAAACACAAAACAACUUUCAUUCACUCAAUACACUAGGUCUUGUUAGGUGAGUUCA